GGAACAGCUUCCCGCCCUUUUGUGGUACAGAUGCUAUAGCUAGUGAUUUUCAAGUGAAUUAAUCUUAUUUUAUACAAAAUAUUCUGAUUAAAAUCUUUGUGAAGCAUCAAACAACGGUUUACCAAAAUGACGCGCACCAAAGCACGCCGCCUAGUCAGUCAAAAACGGGGAUCUGCGGACGAAAGAACUCGCAUCGAAAACAAAAUGCGUGACUUCGAAGUAAAUGUCGAUUGUGAGCUUGCAAACCUAGAGCUGAAAUUCCGAGAUGAAAUGGAUCGUGUUCAACGAUUGGUUGAUGGCCUCAAGACAAGAAUUCCGAAAAAGUUCCUGUCUAUGACGAUUAAUCAGAUAAGAGAAUAUAAUGAAGAAGCAGAAAAGAUCGAUGCAUCUUUCUACGGUGACCGCACCGCAGCUUUAGCAAAUUUGAGUAUCAUGCUGGAAAAGUCCGUACGUAAAAAGUCGAAGGAUGACGGUUACCUUACAGAAGAAAGCGAAAAUGAUCGUCUUUCGACAAUGUCCACAUCGAAACGUAUGGGUCCACUGAUGUCUGCCAAAUAUCGACGUCGUAGCAAAUCCUCCGGAGCGAUCAAUACUUCCACCAUAACCUCUCUCUUCCAUAGUACAACAACGGUAGACAGAUCCAUUUUGGGGAAAACUUUGGGUAGCAGCAUUGUCGGAAAAGAUCGUACUUCAAGAUCCAAAAUUAAGACACCGAUGCCGAAUCCUCGUCAAGCAAUCAGCGUUGAUCGAAUCUACGGAAAAAUUACACCAAAAGUACAACCCAAUGCUCCAUUGGCUCUUAUUCGUCAUGCUCGUUUAGGUGAACAUGUGUAUUCUAUAACAGGAAGUCCCGUUAUCACAUCCAACAUCCUGGAAGCUACAGCCAACGUUAACAUACCCAUCAAAAAUGGUAUGCUCGCGAUACGACCCACCGAAAUGGACUCCGUUGAUCCCACACUGGUGCGGAAGAUAGAUCCAGAUGUGCUGGCAGAACUAAGACAACUGCAGGACAAUCUCAACGUUAUUAUGCGUUCUCUGAAGUUGUAAUCGCCAAACUACCAAGGUCAAGCAAAGUGGUCAUAUAUUUUGUGUCACUUGACAUGGCUUUUAUAGAGUUAGUUUUAAGCCAUUACAUACAUUCUAUUUUACUAUU